AUGGCGGCUGUUUGGCUUCGCCCUGGUAACCCUGCCCCUGCCAGGCGGGACGGGUGAACCCCGUGCAGCGGGAGGAAGGGGGGGGGGGAGUGAGGCGACGCCAUUUUCCCAGAGAGAGAGAGAGGCAGUGACAUAGGAGGGAGCGUAGGCGGCUGCGAGGAGGGAGACGGGAGCAGGAGCAGCAGCAGCGGCGGCCGCGGCAGCAGUGGCAGUUAGGGGGUUUGUGCAGAGGUCCUGAGGCGAAGGCGCUUCUCCCUCGGCCGCCGCGGGACUCUGGUGCAGCCCAGCCGCCUUCCUCGGGGUUCCCUGCUGCCAGUGAGCCUCUCCCCACCCCCAGCUCCCCACAGGCGGCUGAGGGGCUCCGUCCUGCCCAGGCGAGGGACAUCCGCAGUGGGACUGUUGCAUUGUUUUGGUUGGGGUAAGAGAGAGGGGCUCGGUUAAGGGGGUGCUGCUUGCCUGGCCUGUGACCAUUACAGGUGAGUCUGCCAUUAUUAUCCUUAUUUAUUGUGGUUGUCAUGCCCCGUGAUGGGAGCCUGAGGGGGAAAGGCGGCGGCGGCGGCGGGGGGGGGGGGACACCUUUCAAAAAGAAAGGCUAAAAAGUGGCGGCGCAUCUCGUUUCUUCUGGGGGGGGUGUGUGUGUAUAUAUCUAUAUAUACGCGUGUAUUAUAUUCAUUCUGGAUUGUGGCUCUUCUUUUUACUCCGUAUGCUCACCUCGCUCCGGUGGGGGUGGACUGGCUUAAAAGGGAGAGGGAGUCGCUCUAUCUUGCGAAUAUGGCGCGUUAUUGUAACUGGCGGAGCUGAUGGGUGGUGUGUGUGUGUGUGUGUGUGUGUGUGUUUGGGGUGGGGGCCCCCGCUAUGCCAGCCUCCUGCUAGAAAUAAAUCUCCCAGAGGUCGCUUAAUGCGAUGAAAGCGUGGUUCUUUUGCUUGUGUUGCCUCUCGCUUUAAAGAACAGGCGCGGGUUUUUUGGGGGCAAAUAUUUAUGUUAUUGGGAACCGAGGUUCCCGUAAGACGAAUUCGGGCGCUAUGUCCUUGUUCAACCCACCCGCCCCCCACCCCGGCCACUGUUAUUUGUUGUGUUUUGUGGUACUAAUAGGGCUCAUUACGGGCCUAAUCUUCCUUUCCACAGACACACACACACACAUAUAUAUACUCCUCUCUCAUUUUAUCUUCCAUCUUCUCGUUUCCCCGAUCCGUGUGGUGUAUAUAGUAGCAGGCGAACGGCGAACAGUUCCGAAGACUUUGAGGAGCGAUUUAAAAGGGGGUGGGGUGGCAGGUGGGGAUUUACCCCGGGGUCCCCCUUUUCAAAAACUGGUUGCAUAAGGUUAUAUUUGCCCUCAUCUUUGUGUUACCCUCCGUGCCUCCUGGCCAGGGCUGGCGUACCGGGAACGACACAUAGGGAACCUCUUUCUUGAAAGGAGUUGGUGGCAUAGACCCUACUGCUGCAGACAUGGGGGAGGAGAAACAAACGGUCCACUGUGUAGUACUAAAUAGGGUAGAAGAAACAUAAUAUAGUCCAAUUAGAAAGGUCCCGUCCUUCUCAGCACUCAAUCAUCGAGGAAUGCGCGGUGAUUAAAAGCCUAGUUAGUGGUUUUCAAAUGAUGUAGACAACUCUCCGAAAUGCUACUCUUAUAGUAAACCGUAUGAAUUUAGGGCUGUUUUCCUCCUCCGUAUAUUUAGAUUACCUUUAAAGAGAUUAAUGGUGGAACACUUUUCCCCCCUUUAAAAGCAUAUCUAAAAGAAAUCAAAGCAACGCCGGGAAACCUAGGUGACCUACAGAGGAGGUUUGAUGACACACGCUAUACUUUUAAAGUUACUUUCCAUAAAAGUGGAGUAAAAACUGUAAUUUCCCUCUUUUGUCCUUUAGAGAUUCUAAAAAUGGCGGCCUCAGGCUGAUGUUGUGGUAAUCUAAUCAGCUCGGGUCCUCCACACCCCAUGCAGUGCAUUUGUCUGCAGCACAUUUAUAGGCUUAAUAUGCUUAAAUGAAAAAAAGACUGCCGUCUUUAAGUCAUGAACGAAACGUAUCUCGUCUUUGCUACGAUUAAAAUGCUGUGUUCCAGCUGAUUAAUUUUAUUGGUUAUUUGUGUGAAAGGCACAAAUCAACGAGACCAGUCUUCCUAGGGGAGGGGAUUGAUGACGGACUGGUGUAGCUGCUGUGGUCUAUGUGUGUAUGUUUGAAGUGAGUUCAUAUGCAUGCCAUAUUAAUCUUUUUACUUUUGUUUUUAAAAUGGUGGACAAGUUCCUCUUGGCCUCUUAAUCUAGAUUUGUGCUGUAAUGUCUAAUGCUGGCAUGCAACCAGCAUUACAAUGAGAACAUGAAAAUAAUUUUUAUCAUGGCACUUCAUUUGAGAUUGUGAUAGCCCUAUCAAGCCAAAUAAUUUCUAAUCUAUUAAUAAUCUGUUGCUGCUGGACAGAUUUUUCCAGUGUUUCUGCCUCCCCCAAGGAAUUAUACAGACAGAUUUAAAACUCCCCCUUCUUCGAGGGGUGGGUGUGUUAAAGGUUACAUGUCUUAAAUGUGACUUUUCUACAUGAUUUGUUUGUUAUACAUUACAUGUGAAAUGCAUAUUUCACUGUGAAAAGGGAUUGUUUGUAAGGUGCUAAUUGCCACUGACAAAUGAAUAGUGAUGAUGCAUUUAAAAUACAGUAACUAUUGUGCUGUUAAGCCUUCUCCUUUAUCUUCCCUCCUCCCCUGCCCCCCUUCCGGGUCUGUUGGAUACAGUUGAGAGCAACAUGCUUAUCUAAAAGUAUAUGAAAGUUUCACUUAAUUAUAUUUUUAAUAUUUUUGCAGUUAGAAUGACUUGAGGAUCAAGUUGCAACUUUAAUGUGUUUGUGUAACCUUCUGCAAAAUAUUAUUUAGCAGUGGAUUUUCCCUUCAACCCAGGCAACAUUAAUUUACAUAUAUUAACUUGACUGCCUUGCAUAGUUAAUAACCUGCUUCUUAGACGUGUAAAUGGGGACAAGGUAUACAUUACAGGGCUAUUCAUGUAUGCCUUCAGUAUGUUGUGAGGCCAAGAACAUGUUAGUUUACACAUGGUUUAAUGUAUGGGACUACAAUCCUUUAUCCAUUUAGCUGGGAGUAAACACCAUUGAACUUAAUGGGACUUGCAGCUGAGUAAAUGUGCAUAGGCAUAUCUAGUCAAAACAAUGGUCACUUUUAAUGAUUUUAAUAUUUUUCAUACUGUAUAUACAGUCUUGUGAACCUGGAAAAAGUUGAUCCUUGAUUAUAAACAAUUUUGCUUAGGUGUUCAUCUUCUCAUUUGAAUUAUAAAUUGAAUUUUGUGUGCUGAAAAAUCAAGGGUUGCAUCUAACUAAGUUAGAGUAGAACUUAAAUCCAUUGAUUUAAAUGGGUAUACUCGUGACUAUCGAAUAGUUAGUUAGAUGCCAUCCAGGUGGUUUGGUUUUAUUUACUACUUAUGAUGACAAUAUUUGGUUUCUCCAAAAUAGGAUUCCAAGAAAACAGAAUAUUAUGAUAAUUCAAAACCCACCAUUAAAAGAGAAUUGAAGCCAUUUUAAGGCCUUUGUUCUAUGUUGUCUGUAAUGUGGAACUGCUAGUAAUGUUGCAUUCCACUAGUGGGUUCUGAACUGUACGUAUCCUUAUUCUAAGUUUUAUUUUGUUCAUUGAGAUUUUUAAAGAAGGCUCACCUGGUUUAGUGGAGCCACAGUUCCUGGCUGUCAUUUACUGGGGAGGGGCAAGGCAGUGAGCAGAUUGCCAUGGUGCACUGGCAGAGCCAACUCAAUGCUUCCACUAGUGUUUGAUGCAGGAUCUCUUUGCCCCUCUCCCUCCCAGCAAGCAGCAGUGACAUAUCUUUUGGGAAGCAGCGUUGCAGCUCUACCUCAUCAAGAAAGGCAGUUCUGCACCCAGCAGAAUUUAGGAUUGUAGCCUAAAUGAUUUUGUACUGCAGAUUCAUUUGUUAGAAUCCAAAAGUGAGCUUCAAUGGGUCACAAAUCUGGAACACAACUCGUAUAUUUCAUCCAGUGAACCAUAGUGUACCUUUUGGUACGCUGAGAGUCACAGUAAUAGGACUUAAUAAAGUGUUACAUGGCUUAAAUUUUUUUUCCAUAUGUGGAAAUCUUAUGCAUAUUUAUUCAGAUAUAAGUCCAAUGGUGGACAGCAUAGUAGUGUGGCAGUGCUCACUUGACCUCCUGGCAGCAGAGUCACUUCUGUUUACCUGGAGGAAGAGUGGGAGGGAUAAUGUGGCUGGGAGGUCAGCGCUGUGCAGAUGCACAGGUAGAAGAACCAUGUUGGCUCCGCUGCCUUGUUUGCAUCGUGCUGACUUCCCCACCACCUCACCUCUACCACUCUUGCUUUUGGUAAGUAGCAAAUCAGUGAUCCAGAGGUCUGGUUAUUACAUUUUUCAGGAAUUACAUUCUUCCUUUAAAAGUGCAGCAAGGUCUUUGAUCUGAGCUUCUGUUAAAUAAACUUUGGUACCAUAAGUGAGAUGAGCCUUGGUUGAAUUCUGAAACUUCUUUUCAGAAAACUUAUUUUUGUAAAUUGCUGAGUUAUAGAGCACUAUAAAAUAGAAUAAAUAGAGCUAACCUAAAAUUUGUUGGCAUAUUUUCUCUACAAGGAGGACAAAUUCUUGUACAACAGCUAAGUAAACAUAUGGGGCUCCAUUCUUCUCAUAGAAGGAGCUUCUAGUUUACAGAAGAAAUCUUCUGUAUGAGCAUAUCAGAAGCACUGAAUCCAACAUAUGACAAUAAGAAGUCCACUGCAUGCUGUUCGUCUCAAGCCUUUGACCAAGACAAUGUCUCAAAUAAAAAUUCAAUGUAAUCUGUAGUACAGUUGAUCCAAAAUAAGUUGGUUUAUUAUUUCUGUUAAGAAUUAAAAUAUUCUCUGAACUACACUGAGUGACAUCCAUUUGUGUCAGCCUGCUUGUGCCAACAGGGCUCCCCCUGUCUCCACUGUUGCUUCCUGAGAGCCCCCCAAAUCUGCUCUAGGGGAUUGGAGGAUUCUCUGAAACAAACUGGGGUGUGGUUGGGUUGCAGGGGUGAGGAGAAGAAGGGGAAGUUCUGUUGCUUUUGCUGGCACAGCUGGACAUCGUCUCCUGAGUCUUUAGCUCAAAUUUUCAUUAGUCUGUGAUGUAAUGGAAGCCUUCCCACACCCCGUGCUUUGUAACCUGUAAAAAAAUACAAUUGUAUUUUAUCUCUUUAAAAUAGUGGAAUAUUCAGAUUUUUGUUUUACUUAAUUUUAAAAAUGCCUGGCACCAUCUUUAUCAGUUUUUAGAUGGCAGACAAACCCCCUCCCGUGAGCUUUUGGACCUUAAGUUGAAGAGUUUGAAGUGCUUCUCAUCUCUUAGUGGGGCUGGUUCUGUGAAGCCAUUGUGUUGUAGGUUUUUACUGGUUUGUCGUCACUCUUUUUAGUGUUUAUACUUUAUUGUAAGUCACUUUGGGUCUCUUUUGUGAGUAAAGCAACUACUUAAUAUAAAAAAUAAUAGAAUUAAUCUUGUGUACAUGUUUUGUAUCAGGGCUUAACAUCUAAUGAGGUUCAAAGCUUGUGUCUCAAAUAUUUUUUUGUGAAGUUUCCAAAUCAUAUCCUGAAAUAUUAUCUUAAAAGGAGCAGCACCCUCUGCAUCUUGGACUGAAGGUGGGGAAAGUAGUGGUGCUUUCUUGUCACUUAUUUAAAUGGUGCAGUGCAUUUCCUUUUCAUUUGAAUUGCAAUGUAAUAAUGGAAAGCUUUAGCCGGAAUGCAGUGAACCUGACACUAAGCCAAAGAUUAGCCUCAAAUGCACAUUUGGAACUCCAAUUUAAUUUAGACCGUGAUAUACAGAAGAGUAUAUUUUGAUUCACCAGUUACAAUUCCAACAUUUUCAGAUUUCUUUGUUGUUGUUUUUUACUUAUUUAUUACAUUUACAGUAUAUACCACCUUUCCCUCCAAGAAGCUCAAGGUGGCAGACGUGGUUCUUCUCUCCUCAUUUUAUCUUAACAACCCCUUGAGGUAGGUUAGACUGAGAGGCAGUGAGUGGCCUAAUGGUCCAGUAAGCUUCAUGGCUGAGUGAAACCAGACAUUCUAUAAUCUUUGAAAUAUGCCUUUUUUGACACUGAAAAGAAACCACCCAUUCUUCUACUGUUUAUUGAAUUUAAAUAGUUGAAAGUAAUAAACUGCAUUAUUUUUGUGGGAUGAUUUCAGCUUUCUCAUGAGUAGAAUUCUAUUACUGGAAUACUCGCACUGGAGGAAGAGAGGCAAUAUUUACUAAUUCCUCCUUCCUGCAGUUCUCCUUGACCCCUGAAAAGCUGCUCUAAAAGUUUGAUGAUUCUCCCCCCUCCCUCUUUCCAGCAGGAAAUCCCUUUGAUUUCAGUCCUGUCUGUGAAUGGAAGGAACACUGAAUCCAAUCUGAUGUCUUUUAAAUGUUUUAAACUACAAUAAUAGAAUACCAUUUUUCAGCAUCACUUCCUUUGCAAUGCAUUGAUGCAAGACUAUAGGAGUGCAGCCUUCUGGGCAGUGUUAGAAACUCGGAAUGUCUAGGCACCCACCCCCCCGGAGGGAGAUUUAUUAUUAUUAUUAUUGAUUUCAUUUCUAUACCACUUUAUAUUUUAAAUUAAAAAAUCCCAAAGUGGUUUACAGCACAUUAAAACAUCAAAUCAAACAAUCCAGAAUACAAAUUCAAGCUUCAGGGGAAAUAUUUCAGAUCCUUCUCCAAGUGACAUUUUGUUUUCCACAUAUUUAUUUUCAGACUUAAUGUGUAUAGCUGCCCCAUAGUACUGUAGGAAGCCAGUGUGGUUAGAGUGUCAGACUUGGACCCGGGAGAUCAGGGUUCAAAUCCCCACUCCGUCAUGAAGCUCACUGGGUGACCUUGGGCCUGUCACAGCCAUGUAACCUACCUCAUAGGGUCAUUGUAGGGAUUAACUUGGGGGGGGGGUGAACCAUGUACUCAUUGGAGAAAAAUGUGGGAUAUAAAUGUGAUAAAUAAGCUCUUCUGCUUACCAGUUUAAGAAAGCUGGAGAGCCAGCCAGAUGGAGAUGUCAGUCACCAACUUGGCAUCCAGAGAUCUCCAAGUGGUCGCAAUUGGACCUGCGCCAGUAGCAAAAUGCGCCUGGCUAAUUUCUAACACUGCUUCUGGAGUAGUGCAUAUUUUUUAAAUAAAGAGAAAAAUAUCUUCUCAUCAUCUUAUUUCCAAUGAAAUAACCAUUAGUAGCCACCAUCGCAGUCAAGUUGCAGCACAUAUAUUCCUUUCAAUGUAGCAUUCUGUUUCAGUGGUUAAAGAAAAGACAGCAACCUUCCUUAGAGACCACAGACUAGAAAGCUUAUGACAACUGGUCAUAGAACCAUUUUCUCAUAUGUUUUGGGAGAAGGUUUAAUUAUUGUUUAUUAUUCCACCCAGUUCAGGAGUAAAAACUAGGAAAAUAUCUAAGAUUGCAAUCUUAACUACACUUAUUAGGGAGUAAGCUCAAUUAAACACAGUGGAGCUUACUUCUGGAUAAACACAGAGAGGCUUGUGCUAUAGUUUCUGCUGUCUUUUGAGAAGGUACUAAUUUUGUCACGGCCUGCACAAGACAUUUUGCUGCUUGAGGCAGAGCAGCAACCCCCCCCUCAAAAAAAAAAUAUUAUGGUGCAUAAUAUCCAAGGUCAAACAAGUUAUUCUGGCAGUAAAAAUGCAGCAAUAAUAAAAUAAUUUUAAAAAUUGCUGCCCUUUCAAAACAGCCCAGAUCAGCAGCCUAAGCAUUGCUAACUCUUAGAAACAUUAAGUUCAUUUCAUUGUUAUCCCAUCCUUCCAUGGGGCAAAGUGUGGCAUUAACUUCCCCCAUUAUCCUCCUUCAUAAUAACCGUAGGAGGUAGGUUAGAGAGAAUGAACAGAGAUCCCAGAUGUCCUUGAUUUAGUCCACCAAUCUGACCACUACACCACACUGCCUUUUUAAUAUCAGGACCUUAUAACACAAAAUUAUUUCACUUGAUAUGAAAUGACACAAUCUAAUCCACAUGUUAAAAGUACAGUAGUACCUCCGGUUACAUAACCCUCUGGUUACGUAAACUCCAGGAUGCAAAAGCGGCAAACCCGGAAGUAUUUGACUGCGUUUCGCCAUGCAUGCGCAGAAGCGGUCCUCAGGUUGCGGAAACCUUGGGAUCCGACCGGACCUCUGGAACAGAUCCUGUCCGCAACCGGAGGUACCACUGUAUUGGCUUUAUUAUUUUCCAAUUAAUCUGUUCCACUACCACCACACACCCUAUCCUACAUUUUCCUUACCUAAUCACCACUUGAUUCAUGUUUGUCUUCCCUACCAUAGCUAGAGAAGGGGGGGAAUCUAGGACCACAUUAUUAUAUACUAGAUUUACAGUAUAUCCCACCCUUCUUCCAGUGAACUAAAGUUGAUGUAUAUUAUUUUCCCUCCCCUUCACCGAUAUAUCUCCACAACAACCCUCUAAAGUAGUUCUAGUUACACAUAGGUAGCCGUGUUGGUCUGCCGUAGUCGAAACAAAAACAACAAAUUCCUUCCAGUAGCACCUUAGAGACCAACUAAGUUUAUGUGCAUGCACGCUUCUUCAGAUACCUCUAAAGUAGGUUAGGCUGAGUGAUAACUUUAAAAAGAAGUAAGUGUCAAGUUCCAGACUGUAUGGGAGAGACCCACAACUUAAAACGGGGACUUCAGUCUCACCUCCUCGUGCCCAGCAAUGCACAUGGUGUUAGGGAGAGCAGAAGUACUUCUGCUUCCUUGUGAUGUAUUGUUUUCUUCCUCCUCGUGCUGUUCCUGCUCUUCUACAAAACUGGCAGCAGGAGGAAAAGCAGAGCACAGGAAAGUGAUGUUGAUGGCAGAGUUCACAGGUCCCAACCAGUCUGCCACUUCUAAAGCUGCCCCCUAUUGUACCACCUGAGUGGUUUGCUUCAAUGUGCCUCAUUAUAGAGUUGGCUCUAAUUUUUGUACCAUCACAGUACAUGGGAUGCUAACAGAGUAAGAAACAAAAAGUUAAGUCUCUGUACUGAGGAACUUACAAUUUGAAAUUUGAAAUUUGGGCUGCCAGGGGAUGAAGUUUGGAAAAGAGAUUAAUCAAAAGAAUAUGUGCCUAGUUAAGUUAGACUUCACUUUAGUGAGGAGUAUACCCAGCAAUAAUUUCAUGGAAAAAUUGGUUUUCCCAAUUAAAACAGCUCCAUACAUUAAUUAUUCAGAAUUUUAAAAGGUGGCAUUAUGAAUGUAUUUGUAUCAGUACUUUCCAUUGUGCAAGCAAUACUUGGAAGUUGUAGAUUUCCUGGCCUGGGCCUUGGUCACCUUAAAUGCGGAGAGAUCAACUGUUACAGUUCUUAGGAGUUUGUUUGCUUCCAAAUCUCAAACUAGAUUAGUCUUUGUUCCUGGAUCUAAAUUUCCAGGGCACAGGGGAGGCUUUAAAGAGGGUUAAAAUUUCAUUUUAAAAAAUGGAAGCAGAAUGAUGCAGAUUAAAUUUAUUUUGUGUUGCUCCUCCCCCCCUUUAAGAAUUACUGUUUCCAAAAAAAGGCACCUAAAAAAAGAAAAAUUAGCAGGACUGGAACGGAGACUGCUACAAAGAAUGGACUGGGAGGAGGGGAAAGCCAUAGAUAAGUGAGUUAGGUAAAAGGGACAGGGAAGCCUUUCCCAUUGGCCUCCAGUAGUUCUACAUAGCUUGAUAUUCAAACUUAAAGAUACAAACAUGCAUUCAGUGCAUCUAAUACCUACUAAUCAUCUUCAUCAUCAUCUCCUUCUUUUACUUCCAAAUGAAAGUUAGAAUUCUAAGGAUGUCAAAUUCUACCUUGCAAGGUAAGCAGAUAUGAAGUAGGCUAUAUACACCCUAAACUGGACUGCUCUGGCAGGUCCUCCGCCUUUCUGCUUUGAAAACAAAUGCUUGUUAUUUCUAAACUUAGACAGCUGUUACUGCUUUAAAUACCCUGUGUUCUAGAAGUAGAAUAGAGCUUAAUUGUAGGGAGGUACUAUAGGUGCUUUUACUAUUUGGAAAAAAUGAUUUCUCUUUGUAUUUUGAUUGCUCAGUGGAACCCACAGACUUGUGAAGGCCAGAUAGAACUACAUUUUUCAGAACGUCAACAGACAUAUUCUAACUCUUUAUAGGUUGACAUAAAAAGCUGAGUAUGAUAUGCUGUAGAGUCCCAUUACUUUAGUCAGAGUCAUUAGCUCUUCUUGCUGUACAUGCUAACAAUUACAAUAUGCUUUAAAAAAAAUUAAAUAAAGGAAUAUGCCAGUUUCUUCUCCAUCUCUCCACUUCCCUUCCUUGUUUCCUUUAUUCUCUUCUAGAAAGGGGCUAGAGACUAUGUAGGAGCCAGCAUUUUCUUUAGAUAGAACUGUUGGCAAAGCACAGUUCUAUUCAGGUACAGGAGGGCAUGCUGAGUAUUGUCCAUUACAGUCACUUUGAGCUAAGUACAGUGGUGCCUCACAAGACGAAAUUAAUUCGUUCCGCGAGUUUUUUCGUCUAGCGAAUAUUUCGUCUUGCGAAGCACAAAAUCCCAUAGGAAUGCAUUGAAAUUCAAUUAAUGCGUUCCUAUGGUCAAAAAGAGUCCAAACAAAGCCAAAUUUGGUACAACAAGAGUUUAUUAAGUGCUCUUUAAAGUCACACAUACUGUAAAGAGCAUUUCAAAAAUUGAAGGAACAAUAAAUUCAAAAAUUGAAGGAACAAUAAAAAUCAGAAAAAUUCAGGAAAAAACCACACAAGCUCCCAGAUUCUUGCAAACCCCUCCUCAACUGUUCCCCCAGCCACCCACCACACAGAAAUUCAAAUCCAGAUUUUUUUUAAAAAAAAAACAUGGCCCAAUGGUCACAGAAAAUCAUAAAAAUUCAAAAAAAACCCACACAAGCUCCCAGAUUCUUGCAAACCCCUCCCCAACACCAAGUCCUUGAAUUCCAAACACCCCAACCCAAAAUCCAAAACCCCCAAAAAAAGUUUUAAAAGUUUAACUUACCAAAUGGCUGCAAAAGAAGUUUUGGAAAAGCUUCAAAAAUCGCCAAAGUCUUCAAAAACCUCACAAAGGCUACCACACCGCGUACUAUGAGUUGCUCCUCGAAGUCAAGUCGCAACUGCACCUCUUCAAGCAAUGCACCUUGGGUUUUAACGGUUUUACGAAAAGGAAACAAACUUGCAAGACGUUUUCGUCUUGCGAAGCAAGCCCAUAGGGAAAUUCGUCUUGCGAAGCAGCUCAAAAACCGCAAAACCCUUUCGUCUAGCGAGUUUUUCGUAUUGCGAGGCAUUCGUCUUGCGGGGCACCACUGUAAAGAUAGAUAUGGAUAUAGGUGUGGGAAAUCCACUGAAGGAGCCAACCAUCUGGCUUAAAAUACUGGUCCGGGCUCUUACUGUAUACUACCAUAACACCUUGCAACGUAAGAUGGGGGUCUCCAGGUGUUGUUGAACUACACUUCCCAUGAUUUCUGGUCAGUGGGUGUGCUGAUGAGGGCUGAUGGGAGUUCGGAGACCAACAGCAUCUGGAGUGCCAAAGGUUCUUAACCCUUGACCUAAGGAAACUGCUGGCCUGAAUUGCUGUACUAAAGCAACACUACUGCAGAUGGCUAGAUAACAUUAUUGCAGCUUCCAGCCCACCUGAGUCUUGCUGAUAUGAGGAGCCAGUAGAUUCUUAUCUGACCUCAUAAAGCUGCUGACCUUGGUCUGAUUCUUCAAUUAGAGAUUGUAGGCUGAUUCUCUGCUGAAACACCUGCCUGCCUCUAGACUCCUAGCCCUAACAUAUGGCUAUAGUGUGAACUUGAGAUUUUAGAAUCUUAUACCAAAACCACAACAGAAGUAUCAAAAAAGCAAAGCAGAACAGAAUUGUAGAACUGUUACCCUGAAAUGUCAUCAAAGCAGCCUUAAGUCUGGCACUAUAUGAGGUAAUAAAACAAAUUUGCAAAAUAAACAGGAUUCCUGUUUAACAGAUGUGAGAAAUUGAGAAUAAGACUAUAAAUAAAUUACCCAUGAUCCAUCAUUUUAAUAUUUUUGAAUUAAUAAUUAAUAUUUUGUGAAGGAAAAAGUUGAAAAUAAAGUGUAUACUUUUAUGCAAAUAUUUUUAUGUCAUCAUUUGAAGUUCUCAAAGGAAGAUCAAGAACAUCCAGUGGAUGGAUCCAGAUCAGGAUAAACGGUGCAGGUUCUGUAAAUAAGUUGCACUCUGUUUCUAAGGCUUUUGUUCUUUACUGAGUGCAAUCAAGUUUAUUUAUGUUGCGUAGGAGUCAAUAGGUGAGAUCCAACUAAACUACACAUGGAGUAGAUCUGUUUAAAUCAAUGGAUUUUGCUCAAGUUCAUUUGUUUCAAUGAGUCUGCAUUGAGAAUGGUGUAGUUGGAUCCCACCCAACAAGGGUUUCAGAUUCUCUCUUCAUCAGCACAACUGUUCAAUGAAGAGGAUAAGAUUGCAUUUAAAGAUAAUAUAAUGGGAUUUAUACAGUUGCUCAUAGUUCUCAUUUUUGAAUUCAGGGAUUUCAGAAUAGUGUGUUUUGUUUUAGGAAACUGUGUUGCUUUGGAAAUUUAUCCCUGGGUUUAGCGAUGGUGGACAAGCAUCCCCAGAUGAGUGCUGCAGUUCAUAUUCACAGGGGAGUGCUCAUGUGCCCUCUCCUGAAGCUUUCCUUGUUUGAAAACAUGGUUUCACAUGAUAUCCAAACUAGGAAGAGACUUGUUUAAGUGCUACUGCCAACAAGGAUAUUCCUUCCUGAAGACUUCACAGCCUAAACAGACAAGAUACAAGGGGGUGGAUAGGUAGAAUAUAAGAAUAGUGGUAAUUAAGAGAAGGGAAAAGGGCUAACCUGGAAGGUGAAAGCAGCUUGAUAAAGAAGUCCUAAUCUGUUCCGCUCUCUAUCCUCCAUUUCCCUUUUCAAAUUGCUGUGGAGAGUCUAUGCAUUCGGACAUAUAAUCUUGACCAUGGUUUAUGUUAUCAGGAAUGACCUGAGGCAUUCCUCUGGCUCAUGUUCCUUCUCCUCUCCACAUAAGGAGAGUUAAAGCAUCUGCAUCAUGCAACUUGGGGAACUAUGAUUUAACCAAAGUUAGUUUAAACAAAAUAAAGGGUAAAACUGGUUUCAGAUUCUUUUUGUGUUAACUAAUUUAGGUUAAAUCAAACCACAGUUGUCAAGAGAUUGUACUGUUUUGCAUUCAAGGGAGGAAGUUGGGGCAAGAGAGUGUGCAAGUUAAGAUUCCUGCUGUUCAUUCCAAAUCACCUACACCAGGCCAUUUCCAUUCCUCCAAACCAUAGAGUUUGUAUUCUUGCCGCAUCCCACUUCACCAUAUAAUUUCAGUUUAGUUGAUAUUUUCCUUUAUUCCAACAGCACUUUGCUGUUACAUCUGAACCAGCAAUCCUUUGAGCGAGCCUUCUAAAGCAUGAUUGCAAACCAUAGUUUGAUUACUUUGGUUCUAUUUUAGUUGAAUAAGCAUCCAGUUACUUACUUUAUGGGGACUCGUUUAAUAAUCCCGUUUAAGGACUGUUAGUGCAGGGAAAUAGUUAUGUUGAUAUUGUAUGCAACUUUCCUGUAAAUAAUGAAGACAACUGGGUUUGUCGGCCAAGGGUGGUUCUUCUGUUUGUUCAUUCAACAUAUUGUAGCAUUUUGCUGGGUAAAGCUUAAUUCAGCAAAGGUCAAGCUGACUCACAACCAAGUAUGUCCUUUUGGGUUGGGAUCUAGUGCUAAAAGUGAGCUUUUAUAAAAUACUUUCUGAGUAUUCAGAACAAUUAACAUACACUAUCUCAAUAAUCACAAAUGUUCUAUAAUGUAGGCAGCCAUCACAGUUGAGGGCUUGGGAGAUAGUAGUUUGCAGUAGGCCAUCUUGUGAGUUUGUGAGUGAGGUAAGAUUUAAUCUAGGAACAUCCCAGUUUGUAACUCAAACUCUUAGCCAUUGUACUAUCUAUACUAGCUAGUUCAUAGAUAUAUAGGUGCUAUUUAUGGAGUGGGAUCAAUGUUAGACAGUUUUGGAAAUACAUUGAGGCUAGGUCAGAAUAGGCUUGCAUACCUGUACACUAGGGCUGGGCGAUACACUGGUUUGAAGUCCAUAAGUUUUGACCUGGCAAUAUGUCGCAAAUCAUGGUGGGUGUGCUACACAAAAAUCACAAUGCAGGGAAAACCAUGAAGCCAGCCAGUGCCUCCUCAGACAUCACAAUAUUUCUGUGAUAUAUCACAAUGUUGAAAAACAGAUAUCGUCCAGCCCUACUGAAUACUUGAAAUACCAUGUUUCAAGUGUGUUCUCCAUUAUGAAGUUUGAACCUACAUGCAGUGAAUAUAGCUUUUGAAAUUUUGGUACAUGAGACUUACCUUACUAUCGCUAUAGUCUGUUUUGAUAAUUGGAUUUCUGUGUCCAGUGUUAACCAUAGCUUUUGAAAUAUCACAGCAAUAUGAACUCCUAAUGGUGUUAGGAGUAGAAUUUCAUGUUUAUUUUUAUGGCAUACGAAGCUGUUGGUUGCUACAUCUAGGACAGUGCCUACAGAAGAUGUAAUGAAUAUUGCAUCUUCAGUAUCUUCUUAGUGUAGAGGGCCAUACCAGGUGGCACUGACCGGUGGAAAGCUGUCACUGGAGAUUCAUUUGUAUACUACUACAACAUCUUUCUUCUCUUGCAAAUCUUCCUUUUGCACUUUUCCUUCUCUGUACUAGGAAGAUGGAUAGGGUGUAAGACCUCAUGCCAAAUUUAUGUUUCUGGCAUGGGAUGAGGGAAAGAUAGGAAGCGGAGAUUAUUGGACUUUUGACUAACAGUGGCUCUGCAGCCACUUAUUGCCUCCAGAUAGCAUAACUUUUUCAUAUUUGAUGCCUCUCUCCUUCCUUCCAUAUCCUGCACUGCCUGAUACAAAGAGGCCUGUGUCUGCUGCCUUGGCUCAUUGCCUCAUACUACCUCUAUAGUACUGGUCCAUCAGCAAAUUUAGUUCCACACCCAUAUUUUAGUAUGGUGCUAUACUGUAAAUAUCAAUAUAAUUCACUAUUUCCUUGUUAAAAGUUUUUGAGGUGACUGUGACUGAAUUAAGAGAUUAAAACAAUUAUUGUUACUAAUGUAGUUAAAGUGGGCUAGUUUUAACUUUUAGAGCUGUUUGACAUUAACAUCAUGGUUAUGAGAUGCCUAUUGCUUUCAGGUAAUAAAGAUGAUUUACUACAGUUGGUUGAACAGCUUCAUCCAGACAAUAGUAAUGAAUGGAUCAGCAUCAAACUGGAAAGAGGUAUCAAGUGGGAUUCCACAGGGAUCAGUUCUGAAUGCAGUGCAGGUCGUCUUCAUUAAUGGCUUAGAUGACUGAGCGGACCACAACUCUUAGCAAAUAGGUUGGAAAUAUUUUAGAAUAUUCUACAAUGGCCUUGAUAAAUUGGAUAGCUUGCUAACAAUAACAUUUAGACUACACUUACAUAAAAAUUGUAUGUGGGAUUUAAUAAUAGGGACUAAUAUGUUUCUCAUGUUCCCGGGUUCAUUUGAUGUGGCUCAAAAUUUGGUGUUCUAAAAGUCUUGGCAAGAAAAAUUCAAACCCACCAGCUUUUUAUUUUCCUCUGGCUAGAGGUUCUGAUGAACGCAGCUAGCCUAUUGGCAGGGCUUUGUUGUUGUUUAAAUUGAGUUAUGAAAAAAUAUUUGAUGAAUACUAAGAAAAUUGUGUGUACUCUCACUAGUACUGUCUUACAGUUUACCAAUGGAGAAAAGUUCCCUGUCAAACUCCACUGUAAACACAUUGGUACAUGAAGGCAGGAUUUUUGAGGCCUGCAAGUCUGUGUUAACAUAACUUGUUACAUUUGAUGUGUUAAACUUUAAGAUCGGUAUUAGUUUUAGCAACACUGGGAUGACAGGAUCUCUGUGAAUGUAAUGACAUUUCUUAGGAAGCUGUAUAUAUAAAGAUUCUGUUUUAAGUGACAUCACUCAGCUUACUUUAAAUAUAUAUAUCUUGCCCAUCCUGUGUCUCUCUUGUAGAUCUGUCUUGCAGUUAGCAACAGCCUUUUUUUAAGGAUCUGUGAGGCUUUUGUAUCCCCCACCACAAAAAAGUCAGUAUCUUCCAGUUAGCUUAUUGGUUGUUAAAAGUCAUUACAGCCAAACAAGAUCCUAGCCAUAAUUACAGUACCCUUACAUUUCAUAUUGUGUGCCGUAAAAGAAAGAAAGAAACAAAAAAGCACAGGUUGACAUCUUUAGUGGAGUACUACAAUUUUUUUUUUAAGCAGGGAGCCAUUUAAAACAUGAGCUUUAAAGCCAGAACAGUGUUGUAAUAGAUGCACGCUUUCUGAAAUAACUAGUGUCUCCUCCUCUUCAGAUCAAGAUUUUCUCUGCUUAGAAAACCAACCUUUUCUGCAUUUUUUCUGGCAGAUGUGUCAGUUUCAUUCCUGCUGAGGCAGUCAGAACAGAUGGUAAGCAAUGAAAUAGUUCAGACACACAAGAGGUUUGCUUAUCGAACCAAUUCCAUAUAUAUUUUACAACUAGGGAAAGUUUCUUAGCUGGGAGAUUGGGUACAGUGACUUAAAAUUUGUAAUUCCACACUUGUUUACAGCACCAUUGGUUGAGCAAUACCUUUCUCUGAGAUUUGGUGAAAUACUACUUGUGAAUGGGUACCUUGCUUUACAAAAGGUUAAAUUACAGAGGAGGAAAAGGUUACAGAAAUAAAAACACUAGACCCAAAUGAUAUUCAGCGUGCACAGCUUAAUGUGCUAUAGCUCUAGCUACCUUACUAAAGAGAACUGUAACAGAUACUGUCUCUUGUGGCUAAAUUUUAAAAAAGGGAGAACAACUAUUUCAACAGCUCAAGUAGUAAAGGUUUAGAAAAGGAGUGCUAUAUACUUUGUGAUUCAGGCAGCAUUUGGCGGCAGUAGAUGUACACAAGUUGUUUUCAGGCUCCUCCUAAAAACAGCUGGUUUGUUUUACACAGGAAACUGCCUGUGGCAUGAAUGUAUAUUAAAUAUUAUGAAGUGAGCAUGCGUGCAUUCACACACACACACACACACACACACAAAACUUAACUUUUUAAUGUAAAUAGUGAAUCAUGCACAUACAUAUCCAUCCUGUUGAGCUACAAAUGAUGCUGCAUGUGGGGCUAGAAAUGCAGAUUAGGGUUUUUAAGAUCUUCAAUAACAUUUUCCACCCUUCAUCAAAUCAUCAGCAUUAUAUAAUACAUUUAACUGAAAUAUAACUAUCUCUGUUGAUUCAAAACAGCAUAAGAAACAGGAAUUUGAAUAUGGUUUCAAGAGUUCUCUGUAGGGAUUCUCUAAAUGGCUUUUAUAUUGAAAAAAGUAUUUAGUGUGCCUGUAUUGGGGUGGAUAGCUUGACUUCAGUUAACCAUUUAGACCAGGCGUCAGCAAGGUUUACCUUGCCUGGGCCGGUUCACUCCAGCGGAGAUCCCUCUGUGGGCCAGAUUGCACGCCCGCGCCCACGAUUUCCGGCGCCUGUGCAGAUGUGAUUUCCGGCGCUGUGGAAGCGAAUCCCUGCUCCGGUUUAGCACAGGAACUCGCCGAGCGCGUGGCUCAGUUCUGGGGUGGCUCGUGGGCUGCUUGUGGCCCAUGGGCCUUUAGGUUGUCUACCCCUGAUUUAGACUGCAGUUCUGUACAUGCUUAUCUGGGAGUGGAGUAGAGUAGAUAGCUCCAUUUUGAGUUCUUAUUUUUUUCAGUAAGUUUGCCACAUUCCAUAUCAUUUGUCAAUUUUUUUCAAAAAAGAAAAGUCCUGCCAAAAAAAUCAUCAGCAUAUUUGUUCACUUUUCUCCUAAUAUACACUUCUUGCCUACAAUUUCCCCUAUAUAAACAUACAAAAACGCAUUUUUUUAAUCUAAUAUGUACAUUUUUGCACACAUUCUUUGGUUAGAAAACUGCAUCACAAAAUUAAGAGACGUACACAUUUGGAAGGAUAGCUGCAUUUUGGUUUGCACAUUGUUUUCAGAAAUGUGAAUUGGCAGGUUCACAUUAAAAUCUGAGCUGACAUUCUCCAUUCCUACUUGGGAUUUAGCUCCACUGAAUUCAGUGAGACUGUACAUCUGUGUAGAUAUGUAUAGAAUUGCACUAUUUCUUGACAGUAUUAAAUCAGUGAUAACCUUUAAUGCAGAGACUAGAAAUCUAGGCACUGAUAUCAUCACCCAGUUUCAGCUUGGGGGCUGGGAAAAUAUAUUUGGUCUGUAGACUGAAGAAACAGGCAAUGACAGAAUCACAAGUAGCAUAAGAAACUGGUCUCCACUUCCUCUGCUGCUGUUGGGACAGAUGGAGGAGAGAAAGUAACUGCAGAAGACUUGAUGUGGAUCAGGGUUUCCCAAAAUUGGGUUUCCAAUUGUUGUUGGACUACAUCUCCCAUCAUUCUGUGUCUAGGGCAGUUGUCUACCAGUUCCAUCUGGUAUGCUGGCUAAGAUCCUGCCUGCCUGUUGUACCACUGAAGGAUCAGCUGUGCAACCUGGGGGCCAUAUUGGACUCACAGCUGUCACCAGAGUGGUACAUGCGCUGGUUAUCUCCCUCUUGGACUACUGCAAUGCGCUCUACGUGGGGCUACCUUUGAAGGGACUCGGAAACUACAACUAAUCCAGAAUGCAGCUGCCAGAUUGGGAGCAUCUGUUGGGACCAUUUUACACUGGUCCUAAAGGCUCCCAGUAAGUUUCCGAGCACAGUUCAGAGUGUUGGUGCUGACCUUUAAAGCCCUAAAUAGCUUUUGCACUCCUGAAGGAGUGUCUUCAUUCCCAUCAUUCAGCCUGGACACUUAAGAUCCUUUUCCAAGGGCCUUCUGGUGGUUCCCUCACUAGGAAGUUACAGGGAGCCAGGCAGAGUACCUUCUCAGUAGUCUCACCCACCCUGUGGAACGCCCUCCCAUCAGAUGUCAAAGAAAUAAGCAACGAUCUGACUUUUAGAAGACAUCUGAAGGCAGUCCUCUAUAGGGAAGCUUUUAAUGUUUGAUGUCUUACUGUGUUUUAAUUUGUUGGAAGCCACCCAAAUUAUCUGGGCAACCCAGUCUGAUGGGCAGCAUAUAAAUAAUAAAUUAUUGUUAAUUACCAUCAGGGAUGAUGGGAAUUGUAGUCCAAAACCAGCUGGAGACCCAAGUUUGGGAAACUCUGGUAUAGGCUCUCAGUUGGUCACCCUUAGUUUCAAAAUUGGCAUGCAGAGUCUUCAUUUUAAAUUAUCUUAAUGUUCUUUAUUUUUGCUACAUUUAUUUGCUAAAGGAAUCUCUAGUCCUGUUUACUGUGAGUAACCAUUAAAGCACAAUUAAAGCCUUAAUACAGAUGUUUGCACAUAAACAUGCACAUUUAUAAAUGAAGGCUGCAUGUAUUUGUUGAGGGUAUAUAGUAAUGAUGCAGUUACUAACUUAAUCAGUUUACUUUUAGCAGAAAGGGAUGGAAUUAAUAAGUAACGUGUAAGAAAGUAGUUGAAAUAGAUUUUACCUUUUUCUAGGAUUGACAUCUGAGUAAAUGUGCUUAGAGACUGUGCUUAUUAGAGACUGUUCAGUCUCCAAUAAUUUAAUGUUCAUACUGAAAUUUUAAAAAAGGUAAGCUCUUUUAACUCAUACAUUUGAAAUAAAAAUUUUAAGUUUCUCUUUUUCUCUUUUGGUUAACAGAGUUUGUGGAUGCACUUAGAUGUUUGCAAUGAGCACUGUGGCUGGCAUGCCCCAGUGUUUUGGAUACCAAUGCAUAGAACUCCAUAG